GAAGCCGUCGACAUGGUCGUAGAAGAUUCGUCCAACAUGAUAAAAACCGUUUUAGAAUCUUCAAUAUCUGUUUCCCCUCCUAAAACAAAGGGCGGCGCAUGUUUUCAUACAGACAAAAACUCGAUACUGAACAACAGCCUUUCGCCAAAAGCUUUUCGCAAAUUAGCUGCGUCAACGCUCCAAAUUUUGGAAAGUGUGGGACCGCCGAGACAUCAAAGAUCAAACCUAUUUUUCCGUGAUGACGUAAGUGAGCAAGAAAAUCCUACACGUCUAAACGUUUUCAUGAAAAUCCCGAGGGAUCUACAUUUUAAAACACACAUGUCCGAUUUCAUUCGCAUUCCAGCAGAGAACGUGGAGAUAUUUUCAGAUACCAUGUCGUAUUUGGAUGGCAUUACGAAAACAGUAGCAGGAGAUGUGUCAAUGCUUGCAAGCGGCGAAUUAAACAUUCUGUCCGUCGAUUUGAAACAAAAAGAAAAUAGAACUGCACAUCGAACGUUGGAGUACUCGGAUGAUCUACUAAUAUUACGUAGAGGACAGCCGUUUGAUAUAGAACUUGAAUUGAGUCAAAACUUUGAAGAGAAUCACCAUAAUAUAGUGGUAGAAUUAUUAAUUGGUAACUCUCCGCGAGUCAGCAAUUGUACCCAUCUCUUUCUUCCCGUGAAACGUUCCAAUAUAAUUAAAUCAGAGCAAUGCAUCACAUCAAACAGUGGUGGAUGGUAUACAAGGCUUGUGGAGAGUUGCGGAAAACUUGUAAAAAUCGCCAUUACGCCACCUUUUGUGUGUGCUAUAGGAUCUUACAGCCUAUGUUUUCGGAUUCAAAAAGACGACACUGAGUCUCGUUGGAACUGUGGGACGGAGAAUUGCCAAAGUUUUAAAGUGCUGUUUAAUCCGUGGUGUAUUGAUGAUGCUGUGUUCAUGAGUAGUCAGUCUGAUCGGACUGAGUACGUUACAACUGACUCAGGAUGCAUAUAUUCCGGAAACGAAUCCAGUUUGAUUCCGAUCCCAUGUGUAUUUGGACAGCACGAGAUGGGUGUUUUAGAAGCCUGUAUUGAAUUGUUAGACUCUUGCAACCUACCCACUGCAAAGAAAGGUGAUCCAGUUUCUGUGACAAGAGCUAUUUGUCGACGAAUUGCAAAUAUAAUUAACACAACACCAACGAAAAUGACACAAUCCCAUUACGGUGGCGUUUUCAAUACUUUGCGCAAUUUUAUGAAGAUUGGAAUGUUAGAUAUUCCGGACAACCUAAAUUCUACUGCUAUAUUGGUUACUGUUUUCCGAUGUCUUGGAUUACCAUCACGCUCAGUUACAGGGAUCAAUUGCGCAGUAGAAACUGAUCUACCCAUGACGGUUAAUGUUCAUUACAACGACGAAGGGUAUUCAUUGGAUUAUCUUAACAACGAUAAAAUUUGGCCAAGUGUAUCCUGGGUUGGUGUGUGGAUGAGCAGGGUAGAUCUACCUCCAGGAUUUGGCAAGCAUAUUAUGUCCGUAUAUCGUAUAAAGAAAGGCCAGACGUAUUGUUGUGAAGGAACUCAAGAACAUUUUUUACAUUAA